AUGAAAGACGCACCAUCAUCCGCGGGUUCCAUCGUGUUCUUGUUAGGCGCAUUGCUCACGAUUGUCCUGCUGGUGCUCCUGAUCCUCCGCCAUUACCUACCAUUGCGAACGACUCCGGCAUAUUUGACAGUACCUAUUUUCUUCGCCCUCGGUCUGCCAGCGAGUAUCAUUCUUCUAGUGCCUAUAGAUCUUGCGUCUAGCUCAAGAGCAGAGGAUAGCGCAAGUAGGGGAAUUUGGCUGCCAGAUGGAGCGCUACUUGUCCUAUGGCGGGUUGCGUACUGGUUGACGUUCGCACUUACUUGGUUUAUUCUCCCAAUACUCGAAGAAUAUGCAGAUGCUGGGUACCGAGAGCCUAGGAGUCGGCUGCUGUAUUCUCUUCGCGCCAAUGCAUUGUACCAAGGCAUCAUGUUAGGAUCCGGCAUCCUGGCAAUGAUAUAUUUCUUUCUUCAAUCUGGAGCAACGCUAUCUACGUUCAAGGGUCUCGUCAUGGCGUUGGCAUACUGCUGGAGUCUUAUAUUUUCGAUUGUGUUGAUGGGCAACGGGCUUGUGUCGAUACCGCGGAAACUAUUCCGAAAUGCCAGUAUAGCAGGGAGGUUAAAACGAAUCCAAGCAAAGGCUGCUACAGUUCAUGAGAAGAUGGAGGAUGCCAUAACGAAUUUAGAGGACCUCGAGGCGCAAGUUACCGCUCUAGCGCAAAGAAAGAAUGGCUCUGCAAAGUUAUUUCAAGAUUGGAUUGAAGAGUUGGCUGAGGAAUCUCAUUUGCCAGAAUCAAGACCCCGAACCUUGAUGCGCAGAAUGUCUACACCACAAGUAGUGAUUCCAAAUGUUAUUACCGAAGGUUAUAUGGCGGAUUUGAGUAGGAAACUAGACAGAGCGCGGCACAGUCGUGCUCGAUAUUUGGAUGAGUGGGACCGAAUACUCCAGUCCUCUACAGAUGUCCAAACUAUAUUGGAUUCUGCAGGAUCCAAACGUAUUGAAAUUGGAGAAGCAUCACCUAAUGCUUCGCUACUCGAUCGAUUUACUAUACUUACGCCGUACACACGAUAUCUUUACAAGAAUUACGUCCUUCCCUACGGAAGAGUAGUGCUAGGAGUUGCUCUUUCUCUGGCUUCUUUCUGUAUCAUCUGGUCGGAAGUCAUCAAAUCUAUCAAUCCAUACUUUUCCAUCAUUGCUCUUACCGUCGUUCAUCACCAGGAAGGAAAACGCGGCCAAAUUGGAUUCGCCGGUCAAGUCAUUGCUGCUUGUUGGAUUCUCUAUAUGUGCGCCGCAGCUUUGGUUACGCUUACAGAGGUUAAAGUAUGGAGAGGUCGAGCUCUCGUACGACGAAAUACACAUGGCGAGAGUGCUAUGUGGUUCGCUAUGCAGGUGGCCAAGUUGACAGUUCCACUCUCCUUCAAUUUCAUCACUUUCUUGAUACCCGAUAUAUAUGAACGUACCGUAUUUUUCGAUUUCCUCGGACAGUAUGUCGAGCUCACACCACUUGGUAAAGGCUUCAACUGGCUGUUUCCGACUCUUGUGCUCAUACCUGUGGGAGCAUCUCUUUUCAACCUUUACGGCAAGGUCAGAGAUUGCACAGGGUUUGGAGCGGGAGUAAUUGAUGAUGGAAAUGAGGAGAAUGAUACUGGUUAUGGCACUGGUUCGUGGCGGGAAGGUCGAGACCUGAUAGAGCGUGAGUUGCAAGGGGCUUCAUCAUUAGGUCGACUUGGUGGAUCAGAGCGAAGAACUCAUGUGCCAAACAACCCGAACAACCGCACAGCACCUCAUCUAUCAGUUCCACCUGCGGAACGAAGAGCUUUAGGUCAAGCAUCUACAUCAAGACCUAGUGCUACAACACAACCUCAAACAUCGAUUGAGUCCGAAAAUGAAAAUGUUUUUGAAGCUUUCGGCCAUCGUUUUAAGAACACAAUUGAUACCGUUCAGACGCCGAAAUGGCUUCAGAAUGUAGGUGAUGGUUUCAAGCGGCCGAAAUGGAUGGGAGGCGAUGGGGAAGGAGAAGCCGAGCCGCAAAGACCAGGCAACGAUGUGUCUCGAUGGUUUGGAGGACGUAGGGAUGGUAGAGUAAGAUUAUGA